AUGUAGGCAGUCUGCGUUGAACCGCACUUCUAUACAGACACGUAUCGUUUGAUAAUAUUGAAACGUAAAAAGACGUUCGCGAAGUGUGAGUGAGAUAUAAAAGUGUGGCCACAUGUCCUUUGCCUUCAAUUAAAAAUUAUUUGUGUGUGUAAGGAUUACCUUAUUCACGGGACAGUGACGAGAAAUAUAAAAUUGAAGUAUGUGGCGGUCGGCAUCGACAGGCGCGAGGCUGGUGGCUGGGGUCGCUCUUGCUAUGUCGCUCACGGUAGGCGCCGGCCGCCGGGGCCACAGGGACCCUGAGGCCAGACAACACUCCGACAUAUCGCUGUGGAUUGAUGAACAGCAAGUCCGCAUGUUCAGUGGCAUAUCAAUGCAAAUAUACGCAAUAUUGAACGGUCAUAUAUCACCGUACAUUUUGGACCCGAACUUCUCGUUGAAGCUGCCCGUGAUACCUUCGGAGGUGGGCUACGUGAACUUCACGUGGAAGUCCAGGAAGAGAUAUGAGUACAACUUCGAUACUCUCACCUCAUCAGAUCUCAAAAUACUGAAGCCCCCCGUUCUCUCAAUUAAAACUAAAGGACGGGUGCCUAAAACGCCUAAAGAGUUCAGUAUAUUUUUGCCAUGCAUGGGCAACAGCAGCGGCGUAGCAACAUUCGGAAUAAGUCUCGAACUCAAAACUGUUCAUAAUGUCUCGUUAAAAGGCACCCCAUUAAGGUUAAGUUUAAAGAAGGAAUGCGCACAGAGAGGUGUGUAUUUAGAGAGGACAGAACCUGACCCGGAAUGUGACAAAAAGUGCGCCAAUCAAGGUCGCUGCAAUCAUGAGAAAAUAUGUCAAUGUCCUGAUGGGUAUAUGGGACAGCACUGUCGGACCGCGCUAUGUUACCCCCAGUGCUUGAAUGGGGGUAACUGCACUGCGCCAGGGGUAUGCUCGUGCCCGCCGGGGUACCAGGGCCGGAAUUGUGAAGGAGGUAUAUGCUCACAGAAAUGUUUGAAUGGCGGCAAAUGCAUACAGAAAGACACUUGCCAAUGCACAAAGGGAUAUUAUGGGCUAAGGUGUGAAUUCUCAAAAUGUGUGAUCCCGUGCUUGAACGGGGGUCGGUGCAAAGGGGUGAACAAAUGCCGGUGCCCCAUCGGCUUCGGGGGCGACCACUGCGAGGUGGGGAUGCGUGGUGGUGAAUGCACCCGGCCGUGUUGGCAUGGAACCUGCGUCGGCGGCGUCUGCCAGUGCGAGCCUGGCUGGUGGGGGCGGAACUGCCGUCGCUCGUAUGGCUCGUCUGAAGAAUCCAGUGAACGUAAACCCAGACCGCGAUGAAUACAAUUGUUACAAAUAAAUGAACUGUUUACAUACUAAGUAAUGAUGUGAUUUCUUAAUUUUAUUAUUAUAAU